AUGAUCCGUAAAUGAUCGUGCUUGCGGCUAUUCGAUUCUUAUCCUGGCUAUCGCAAUCGCGCGCGCGUUUAUUCGUUUCUGCAGCCGUUCUGGAUUUGAGGAGCGUGAUGAGGCGGAUAAAGAGAUUCAUCUGGACGGAAAACGCAAAGAAGGAUCCAAACUGGAAGAGCUUAGAUGAGAGCUCAUCAGGCAAUCCGACUGUAUGUGCCUCUGCGACGGGCACGGAGAAAAAUAAUGAAGAGAGCACUUGUCUCGAAGAGAAGGAUACGGACGAGAUGCACGUCUCAACGAGGAUGAAACAUCUAUCGGUUUUAAGAUUAAUGCCCAGCAUGUCGCAGGGUACGGUGAUGAUCCAGGCGCAGAAUCGGCUUCACGAGAAGGACUUUACCGUUGCGACCCCCGAAGAGUUUGUCCAUCGCUUCGGAGGCACCAGAGUUAUCAACAAGGUGCUGAUCGCCAACAAUGGUAUCGCGGCAGUUAAAUGUAUGCGAUCGAUUCGACGCUGGUCGUACGAGAUGUUUAAAAAUGAGCGAUCCGUGCGUUUCGUGGUGAUGGUCACACCGGAAGAUUUGAAGGCGAACGCGGAAUACAUCAAAAUGGCAGACCAGUACGUGCCUGUGCCGGGUGGGACCAACAACAACAAUUACGCCAACGUGGAACUGAUCGUCGAUAUUGCGAUACGUACUCAAGUCCAAGCAGUCUGGGCCGGAUGGGGUCACGCUUCGGAAAAUCCUAAACUUCCGGAACUGCUCCAUAAAAAUAACAUCUGCUUUAUUGGACCGUCCGAGAAAGCCAUGUGGGCUCUGGGUGACAAGAUCGCAUCCAGCAUAGUCGCGCAAACCGCGGACGUACCGACGCUCCCCUGGUCGGGAUCGGAAUUGACAGCGCAAUACAGCGGGAAGAAAAUCAAGAUAUCGUCGGAACUUUUCAAGAAAGGAUGCGUCGGCAGCGUGGAGGAGUGUCUAGCGGCAGCUAACAAGAUUGGCUUUCCGGUUAUGGUGAAAGCGAGCGAAGGCGGUGGUGGUAAGGGAAUCAGGAAGGUCGAAAACGCCGAGGAAUUACCCGCUUUGUUUAGGCAGGUGCAGAUCGAAAUACCCGGCUCACCGAUAUUCAUCAUGAAACUGGCCAAAUGCGCUCGCCACUUGGAGGUGCAAUUACUGGCCGACAAUUAUGGUAACGCGAUAUCACUGUUCGGGCGCGACUGCUCCAUCCAGAGGAGACAUCAGAAAAUCAUCGAGGAGGCACCAGCCGUGAUCGCCAAGCCAGAGGUUUUCGAAGAGAUGGAAAAGGCCGCUGUGAGACUAGCAAAAAUGGUGGGAUACGUUAGCGCCGGUACCGUCGAGUAUCUAUACGAUACGGCCGGCAGGUAUUAUUUCUUGGAGUUGAAUCCUCGUCUUCAAGUGGAGCAUCCUUGUACCGAGAUGGUGUCGGAUGUGAAUCUACCGGCCGCCCAACUGCAGAUAGCAAUGGGCUUGCCGUUGCAUCACAUCAAAGAUAUACGACUCUUGUACGGCGAGAGUCCCUGGGGCGACAAUCCGAUCGAUUUCGACCAGCCACGUCAUAAGCCUCAACCGUGGGGCCACGUUAUCGCGGCUAGGAUCACCAGCGAAAAUCCAGAUGAAGGCUUCAAGCCAAGUUCUGGCACGGUGCAGGAGUUGAAUUUCCGAUCAUCCAAGAAUGUGUGGGGCUAUUUCUCGGUCGCAGCUUCGGGGGGACUACACGAGUUCGCGGACUCUCAAUUUGGCCAUUGCUUCUCGUGGGGCGAAGACCGUAAUCAAGCUAGAGAGAAUUUAGUCGUGGCCUUAAAGGAAUUGAGCAUCAGAGGCGAUUUUAGGACGACGGUCGAGUAUCUCAUCACUUUGCUGGAGACCGAGUCCUUUCAACAGAAUAAUAUAGACACCGCUUGGCUCGAUUUGCUGAUCGCCGAACGUGUCCGAAGCGACAAACCAGACGUCUUAUUGUCCGUUACCUGCGGAGCGCUUCAUAUCGCCGACAGAGCGAUUACAGCCGCUUUUACUGGCUUUCAAACUGCUUUGGAGAAGGGCCAGAUACAGGCCAGCAAUGAUUUGGAUAACGUUGUUGAGGUCGAGCUUAUUAACGACGGCUACAAGUAUAAAGUGCAGGCUGCCAAAUCCGGCCCCAAUACCUAUUUCCUCGUGAUGAACGAUUCUUACAAGGAGAUCGAGAUCCAUCGCAUGUCGGACGGGGGAUUGCUGCUUUCGCUGGACGGUGCCAGUUUUACGACUUACAUGCGCGAAGAGGUGGAUCGUUACAGGAUCGUCAUUGGAAACCAGACGUGCAUUUUUGAGAAGGACAACGAUCCGUCCUUACUGAGAUCCCCGUCGGCCGGCAAGUUGAUCAAUUUCUUAGUCGAUGACGGAGGCCACGUUGGCACAGGUCAGGCGUACGCCGAAAUCGAGGUGAUGAAGAUGGUGAUGACCGUCACCGCGAGCGAGACGGGGAGCGUUUUUUACGUGAAGAGACCGGGCGCUGUAUUAGAAGCUGGUACGCUGAUCGCGCAUCUCGAGCUGGAUGAUCCGUCGUUGGUGACGAAAGCGCAAGAGUACACCGGACAAUUUCCCGCGGCGGCGACGCCGGCUGUACCGGAGAAACUGAAUCAUCUUCACGCCAAGUAUCGAAAUGCUUUGGAGAAUACGCUGGCUGGCUACUGCCUGCCCGAUCAGUACCAUCUGCCACGUCUACGUGAGCUGAUCGAGAAGUUCAUGUUCUCGUUACGCGAUCCCAACUUGCCGCUGUUGGAGCUGCAGGAGGUGAUCGCGACGAUAUCCGGCAGGAUCCCCGUCUCGGUGGAGAAAAAAAUCCGCAAAUUGAUGUCUCUGUACGACCGAAACAUCACGUCGAUCCUGGCGCAGUUUCCCAGCCAGCAGAUCGCCGCCGUGAUCGACGGACACGCGGCGACCCUGUCCAAGAGGGCCGAGCGAGACGUGUUCUUCCUGACCACCCAGGCCAUCGUGCAACUGGUGCAAAGAUACCGGAACGGUAUACGCGGCCGAAUGAAGACCGCCGUGCACGAGCUUCUCCGACAGUAUUACACGGUCGAGAGCCAGUUCCAGCAGGGUCACUACGACAAGUGCGUCUCCGCGCUGAUAGAAAAGUACAAGGACGACGUGACCACUGUGACCGGUAUGAUCUUCAGUCACAAUCAAGUGACGAAGAAGAACGUCCUGGUCACUAUGUUGAUUGACCACCUGUGGGCUAACGAACCCGGUCUCACGGACGAGCUCUCGAGCACGCUGACGGAACUGACCAGUCUGAAUCGCACGGAGCACAGCCGCGUCGCGUUAAGAGCCAGGCAGGUGUUGAUCGCCGCCCAUCAACCCGCGUACGAGCUCAGGCACAACCAGAUGGAGUCCAUAUUUCUCUCCGCGGUGGACAUGUACGGGCACGACUUUCACCCGGAGAAUCUGCAGAAACUCAUUCUCUCGGAAACGUCCAUCUUCGACAUACUUCACGACUUCUUCUAUCAUUCCAAUCGCGCGGUGUGCAACGCGGCCUUGGAGGUCUACGUACGGCGAGCUUACAUCAGCUACGAACUGACGUGUCUGCAGCAUCUGGACCUGUCCGGCGAGAUCCCGUUGGUGUACUUCCAAUUCGUUCUACCCAGCAAUCACCCGAAUCGUCAGAAUCAGACUCUGGUGGAUCACAGGGCCGGCGCGAUGGCGGCCUUCGACGAUCUCGAGCAGUUCAGCCAGUACGCGGACGAGAUGUUGGACCUGCUGGAGGAUCAGUCGAGCCCCGCGCCGGUGAUGUCCGCGAAGUUGCUGGAGGCGGUGGAAGCCGCUGGUAGCGAGUCGCGGCACAGCACAUCGAUCAACGUCUCGCUGAGCGUGGCCGAGACGACGACCACGACGACAGCGGCGACCGUCACAUCCGUCGAGCCGGUCCACAUACUGAGCAUCGCGGUCAAGGAGAACGGCACCGAGGACGACGCCACCAUGGCCAGAAAGUUUGGCGAUUGGUGCGCGAAGAACAAGGACGAGUUGAUAUCGCGCGGCAUCCGGCGGGUCACGUUUGCCGCGCUCAAGAGGCGGCAGUUCCCCAAGUUCUUCACCUUCCGUCAGCGAGAGGGCUUCGUCGAGGACAGAAUCUAUCGGCACCUCGAGCCCGGCUGCGCCUUCCAGUUGGAGCUGAAUCGUAUGCGCACGUACGAUCUCGAGGCGCUGCCGACGUCCAAUCAGAAGAUGCACCUGUACCUCGGGCAGGCGAAGGUCGCCAAGGGCCAGCAGGUCACGGACUAUCGCUUCUUCAUCCGCUCGAUCAUACGACAUUCCGAUCUGAUUACGAAGGAGGCCAGUUUCGACUAUCUUCACAACGAGGGCGAGCGCGUCCUGCUCGAGGCCAUGGACGAGCUGGAGGUCGCGUUCUCGCAUCCACUCGCCAAGCGCACCGAGUGCAAUCACAUCUUCUUGAACUUCGUACCCACGGUCAUCAUGGAUCCCAGCAGAAUCGAGGAGAGCGUGACGAGCAUGGUGCUGCGGUACGGGCCGCGAUUGUGGAAGCUGCACGUCCGGCAGGCGGAGAUCAAGAUGACGAUACGGCCCGCGCCGGGGAAACCGACCUCCAACGUACGUCUCUGUAUCGCCAACGACAGCGGCUACAGUAUCGACUUGCACCUUUACACGGAAGCCACCGACUCCAAGACGGGCAUUAUUCGCUUCGAGUCCUAUCCGCCCACGGCGGUGAACGCGGCCAAUUGGAGGCCGGGACCUAUGCACGGGCUGCCGAUCUCCACGCCGUAUCUCACCAAGGAUUACCUGCAGGCCAAGCGAUUCCAGGCGCAGAGCGCCGGCACGACUUACGUCUACGACCUGCCGGACAUGUUCCGGCAGCAGGUCGAGAAGAUGUGGCAGAGAUACGUCGAGGAGAGGCCGCCGAGCGAGGGCCAGAGUCCGAUUGCGAUACCGAAUCCAGUGAUGGACGUCGUGGAGCUGGUGCUGGAGGGGGAGCAGCUGGUCGAGCAGAAGCGGCUGCCGGGCGAGAACGACGUCGGCAUGAUCGCGUGGCGGCUGACACUGUACACCCCGGAGUAUCCGCUCGGCAGGGACAUCAUACUCAUCGCCAACGAUUUAACAUACUUGAUAGGCUCGUUCGGCACGCGCGAGGACCUCGUGUUCUGGCGAGCCUCCGAGAGAGCGAGGCAGCUCGGCUGUCCGCGCAUAUACUUCUCCGCCAAUUCCGGGGCGCGUAUCGGCCUGGCCGAGGAGGUGAAGGCGCUCUUCAGGAUCGCGUGGGAGGACGAGAACGAGCCGGAGAAGGGCUUCAGAUACAUAUACCUCACGCCGGACGAUUACGCGCGCCUGGCGCCGCUCAACUCGGUGAAGGCGUCGCUGAUCGAGGAUCCCGCGGGGGAGUCGCGUUACAAAAUCACGGAUAUCAUUGGCAAGGACGACGAUCUGGGGGUGGAGAAUUUGAAGCACGCCGGUCUGAUCGCGGGGGAGACGUCGAGGGCAUACGACGAGACGAUCACGAUCUCGAUAGUGUCGUGCCGCGCGAUCGGUAUCGGUUCCUAUCUGCUGCGCCUUGGCCAACGGGUAAUCCAGAUCGAGAAUUCGCACAUCAUUCUAACCGGCUACCGAGCACUAAACGCUGUGCUCGGUCGUGAGGUUUACGCCAGCAACAAUCAGCUGGGCGGUACGCAGAUUAUGCACAACAACGGGGUGUCCCACGCGAUCGACGCUCGGGACUUGGACGGGGUGGCGACCGCCCUGAAGUGGCUGAGUUACUUCCCUAAGAACAAAGGCAGCCCAUUGCCGAUACUGUCGAUCGUCACCGACCCGAUCGAUCGAGAAAUCGCUUACAUGCCCACGAAAACAGCUUACGAUCCGAGAUGGAUGUUGGAGGGUAGAAAUUGUACCGAGUCGAACGUUUGGGAAAGCGGCUUCUUCGACCGAGGCUCGUGGCAUGAAAUAAUGAGACCAUGGGCGCAGACGGUGGUCACGGGACGAGCUAGGCUCGGUGGCAUACCGUGUGGCGUUAUCGCCGUCGAAACGAGAACCGUUGAGCUGCACUUACCAGCCGAUCCUGCCAAUCUAGAUUCGGAAGCUAAAACUAUAUCCCAAGCGGGACAGGUUUGGUUUCCGGACAGCGCGUACAAAACUGCUCAGGCCAUUCAAGAUUUCGGAAGGGAGGAAUUGCCGCUGUUUAUCUUCGCCAACUGGAGAGGGUUCUCCGGCGGCAUGAAGGACAUGUACGAGCAGAUCAUGAAGUUCGGCGCGUACAUCGUGGACGGACUACGGCAGUAUUGCAGGCCGGUGUUCGUUUACAUCCCACCGAAUGGGGAACUCAGGGGCGGCGCUUGGGCGGUCGUCGAUCCUACGAUAAAUCCACGCUUCAUGGAGAUGUUCGCCGACAAUACCAGUAGGGGUGGCGUCCUGGAACCCGACGGUAUUGUGGAAAUCAAAUUUAGAAACAAGGACAUCGUGAAGACUAUGCACAGAGUCGAUCUCGUUAUACUGAAGUUAAAAGAAAAAUUAUCGACCGUAAACACGGCGGAGGAACGAGCCGAGAUCGAGGCGCAGAUUCGGAAGCGCGAGCAGCUUUUGGAGCCGAUGUACCGUCAAGUAGCCGUUUAUUUCGCCGAUCUGCACGACACGCCGGAGAGGAUGUUCGAGAAGAAUACGAUUCACGAGAUAAUACCGUGGAAGAGCGCGCGCCGGCUGUUCUACUGGCGGCUACGCCGGCGACUCUUCGAAGAGGAGAUCAAGAACGAGAUCCUGUCGACGCAGCCCAGCCUCGACGUCAGGCAGGUGGAGGCGAUGCUUCGGCGUUGGUUCAUCGAGGACAAGGGAGCGACGGAGUCGUAUCUGUGGGAUCAGGACGAGGCCGCGGCCUGUUGGCUCGAGGCGCAACGUAGAACCGACGACAGUGUUGUAUCGCGUAAUAUAACGUGCGUGAAGAGGGACGCGGUGGUGACGCGUAUCAAGGAGGCUCUGGAGAUCUGCCCGGAAAUCAGGCUGGACGCGGUGCUGGAGAUCGCGCACCGACUGCAACCGGCCGAGCGAGCGGAGUUGCAAAGAACUUUGACGCAGUUGGAGACGACGGGGCAGGAGCACCACAAGGACUCGUCGAGCGGCUCGUCCUGAGCGCAUUUCGCGUAAGCGACGUACGUCCUGCCCUCCACGUUACACAUUCAUUCCAAGCUUAUUAACAUUUAAACGCGCCCAUCGAUAGUACAAUUCAUCAUUCAAAAUAUAUAAUUAUUUAAUACCAAUCCAAAUCUGUCCUGGUAUUAAGGGGGUAAUAACUGAGAGUUAGAUGAUAUUUCUCGAAUAGCGGUCUCGAUUUUAAUUAUUCAAAUUUCAAAUCUGGACACGCCAUGACCACCUCGUGACAUUAAAUGUCGGGGUAGUACAUUUUAUUAUAAAGUUGAUGCUUUAAGAAAUUCGAAAGAGAGUAGCAGAUAGUGUCCGAUUAGUCUGUUUAAAUGAUUUUCUUUGUAAUCUCUUUGUACAAAGCGCUUCAUGUAUUUAGGGAAAAAUAGAAAGGCGUGUCACUUACACGGAAUUGUCGUUCCGUGACUGUGACGAAUUUAUAGAUUAUAGUUGUAUAUGGCAAUACAAAGAGAUUUAUACGUCAAAAUAUCGCACGUUCCUUCAGCUACGGAUUUCCUUGAAAUUCGUGAAAAAAUUUGUCGGAAGAUUAGCGAUUUUUUUUUUAAAUCAUCUGUUGAACUUGAAGGAAUUAAACAUCUUUAUGUCUGAUUAUAAAUCUGAAAAUUAAAACAAAUUGACGUUAAUUCAAACAAUCAAGAUGUUGAUAGAUGCUAAGUAAAUAAUUAGAUUAUUUAAUCAUAUUUAAUAACAAUCAAAUUAUUUAUUUAUAAUUUAAUAAUAUUAAAUAACAAUAUAAUUAUUUACUUAUGAUUUGAAUUGAAAAUUCAGAUAUGCCAAGGUGCUGUUACAUUAUUGUAAUAUUUAACAAUAUUACAUAAAAAUCAAAUUUAUUAACUUAUAUGUAAUAACAUCUUAGUAUAUCCUAAUUAUCACAAUAGUCUCGAUUUUCCACAAGACUUUGAUUAGUUUGAUUAGCAAGACACCCAUCAUUCCGUAUUCUGUAUCUGAGAGAACAUGCGUUAUUAAAAGUGCGGUAUUCUGUAUAUAAUUAUAUAUACACACGCGCGCAAAUAAUAUAAAAUGUAUAUUUAUUUUUCGAAGGAAAACAUUGUAGGAGACUUUGACAUUGUAAACGAUGCGCUCGCGCAACUGCCGCAUUUAAAUAACAUUAUCUCACGACAGACGCAAAAAUGUACAUGUAUUUUAUGUAAAACAUUAAUCUUUUUUUCUCUAAUUUUUUUUCUCUACGUUUUAGGGAAGAUAUAUACAUAUAUAUUCUUUUUCUUUUUCAAACAGUAUCACAUUCUUCAUAAAAAGUGCCGUCGAGACACUGGAAUUAAAAUUUGUUUAUUGUAACAGA